AUGUCAUCCAGCCGCUGGGAACCGGCUAAAGGUCGCGAUCAUGAGGUUUUCGACCGCUCGAAGCAACUAAGGCGUCUUUUCUUGCGGAGUCUUCUAAGAUUGUUUGCGACCAUAGUUCUCGCACUAUUAACCAGUGGCAUCAUAUUCGCAUACUCUAAUCCGAAAGCCAUUUCGAGCUCUCAGAGACAACAGUUUAACGCGCUUAUCAUCGGGAUAUCAAUUGUUCUUGGUCUUAACGUUAUGAGUUCGCUCAAGUCCAACAUUAGCCAGCUUCGUUGGUGGCUACUUAGCAUCGGCGAGGCAUCUCCUCGGGAGGCAGACUUGAUCCUUCAAAGUGAGGACCUUGGCAAGCUAUUACUGCUAGGCUGCGUGUCUCGCCGCUUCUCCAUCCGAGUGUUCGUUCUUCUGUGGCUGUGUUUCAAUCUGAUCUCUCAGGUCGCCAUCGCCUUGCUCGGUCUGACUUAUAAUGCCAAUGAUUCCACUGAGUUUAUGAUUACCAAGCCAGGGAUGGUUACUAUUUCCAACCUACCGCAACUAGCCUCAGGAGGCUCCUUUGAGGAUCUUUCCGACCAGCAGACCAAUACCGCCAUGAGAAACACCGCAUUUGGAUCGAUGGUAACUGUAUCACGACUGCAGUACAACUCAAACACCACGUCUCUGGUAGACGUUUUGCCUGCACCUGGUACAAAGAUCGACGAUCGUGCCUACACAAUCUUUUGUGAAGAUGAGACCACGAUAUGUCGAUACGUGUUUCCGGAAGAAAGUACGUACAAUUCAUCAUAUUGGGCUAUGGUGGCGACUGGACGACAUGUGGCGGCGUCAACCACUUGUCAAAGUUGGAAAGUCACCAGCGGCGGCGAUGGACUACAAAGCUUCAUUACGGUUGCUGAUAGCCAUAAUUCUACACAUGGACCCAUUCCGGCGCUUAACGGGCCGCGCCAAAGCAUUUACAUGUUCAAUCCAAAUGACCCAAAGGCGUCUGGCCCUAACUGGGCGAUAAUCACUGUGCUCGAAGCUUCAAACACUAAGCCUUGGUUCUAUAUUUGCAAUUCUACCCUCGAUACAACCGUCGUCAAUGCCGCCAUCAAAGAGCAUCAACUAGGUCCUGACGUGCCCAGGCUAGCGACGCAAGCGAUUGCACUUCAAGGCUACGGCUCAUCCAACAUAGGAAUGGCAAACAGCACCAGAGGGUUGCAGUUUCAGAGCUAUCCAGUUAACACCCUGUACGGAAAUGAACGUAGAGGGGACAACGGAUGGAUGGGCACCACAAUUUCACAAUUUACCAUUGGCGCGAUCGGCGGUCUUGCGAUCAAAAGUCCAUUAGUCGACGUUCCUGGCAUGGCACCGAUCAAAAGUGCCAGGAUCGAGGUUCCAAAUUGGCAAGACGUGUAUAUGAUCUUAGGGUUUACGGUGGGAUUUCAAGCCUUCCUCUCAUUGAUUUCCAUCACCAUUAGCAAUCGAGUCCAUGUUUUUACACGUAGCCAUCUCGCAAUGGCGACGUUGUUACAGCCAGUCGUACAAGAUUUAACCGCAGCGAUCGUCGCAGGAGGCGCAAAGCAAACAGUAAAGCUGCUGGGGUCAAAAGCAAGACUUUCCUACACGGCUGAUGCCUUCGGGGUCUACCGUAUAGAAAAGACGCAAAACUGA